GUUGCUGUCAAAUAUAAAGCCUGCAAAAUCAUUCGCUCUUACUGUAGCGUCAUUUACAAAUAGUUUGUGUAAUUCUACCAUUUUGUAUGUUAAGCAUCAAUUCUAAAGCAGCUUACAUCCUGUAUUAAAAUGUACCUUUAAAUCUGGUCAUUUAUUUAAGCUCGUAAAAGCAAGUUUAACGCCUUAAUGCAAUGAGGUAUACUGCAUACGUACUGCAUAUAUAAUGAAUAAACGGCGUAGAUCUGUACGGAUUGUCGUGGCGCUUGCAGACUGAUCCAUGUUACAAUAAGAUCAAGCAGGUUACGAAAACCAGCGGACUCUGUCGCGGAAGUCCAGGGGUUGCACACCUUUACAAUAGAUAAACGCAGAUUUGCUAUUGAUAUGCGAGGGCUUUCUGUGUAGGCGCCAUUAGAGGAUUUCUGCACGGUAGAUGCCAGGUUGCAUGACUGAAAUAACCCUUUGCACUAAACGAAUACACUUGUAGAGCUGCACCAACGUCUUCUUAACCAAGAGGGCUAAUUUAUCUGCCUGGCGAAAGGGAUUCUGGAUGCGUUUAGUAAAUCCCAGGUUUGAGCGAUUUCAGCACAGUUAAGUUAACCGAGGACACGGUCUUGGAAAUGGACUUCAUGAUUCGCGCUGCCACGCCGGAGGACUGCAAAGAUAUAUCGCGGAUGAUCAUGGAAUUGGCGGUUUAUGAGAAUAUGCCUGACCAAGUGAAGAUUUCACAUGAAGUGCUGGAACAAGAUGGAUUUUGCAAAAAUCCUUUCUUUCACUGCCUUGUUGCAGAGGUGGCAGAACAGUACAGAACGACAGAGGGUUAUACAGUGAUUGGCUAUGCCCUGUUCUUCUACACAUACAGCACAUGGAAAGGCCGUUCCGUGUACAUGGAGGACCUCUAUGUCAUGCCAGAGUUCAGAGGUGAGUUUCCAGGCAAGGGUGUUGGCACGGCAUUAAUGAGUAAGGUUGCUCAGGUGUGUAAGGAGCAGCAGUGUGUGCGUCUGCAGUUUUCCGUGCUUAACUGGAACACUCCAUCUCUGGACUUUUACAAAGCCAAGGGUGCCCAGGACCUGACAGACAGCGAGGGCUGGCAUGUACUGCGAUUUGAUGGGGAGGCGCUGGACAAACUAGCGCAAAUGGCACCCAAAAAUUAAUGUUUGUAUCAAACAUUGUAAACAAGUUGGGAACCAAAUUAAGUGCACCAUGAAAUAAAUAUCCCAAAGUGUA